AUGAAGAUGCCUGAAGGUAUCCCAAACCCUGGUAUCAAGGUGUGCAGACUCACUAAAUCCCUUUAUGGUUUAAAGCAGGCUUCUAGGCAAUGGUUUGCUAAACUACAUGGGGAACUACAGAAACAAGGGUUUGUGCAAUCCAAGAAUGACUAUUCUCUAUUCAUUAAGAGAGAUUCAACAUACAUUACUCUUGCUGCAGUUUAUGUUGAUGACAUCUUACUCAUAGGGAACCAUGUUCCUACCAUCAAUUCUCUUAAGAAACAUUUGGAUGCAGUUUUCAGUAUCAAAGACUUGGGUGUUAUGAGUUAUUUCCUUGGUAUAGAAGUUGGCUAUCUUCCUGAUGGGGUGGUUCUGACACAAAAGAAGUUCACCAAGUCUUUACUUGCAGAUUGUGGUUUUGACUUGACCAAAUUUGCUGUCACUCCUCUACCAAUAAACACCAAAUUACUUGCUGAAGAAGGGUCACUUUAUGAUAAACCAGAACUUUACAGAACCUUGGUGGGAAAGUUGAAUUUCUUAACCCAUACAAGACCUGACCUUAGCUUUGCAGUGCAACUUCUGAGCCAAUUUAUGCACCAACCUAGGGAUUCUCAUGUUGCUGCUCUCACACAUGUUCUUAGAUAUGUUUCUCACACAGCAGGCCAAGGUAUUCUACUGCAGGCUGCAGAUUCUCUCACUUUACAAGCUUUUUCUGACAGUGAUUGGGCUGCUUGUCCCAACACUAGGAAGUCAGUGACUGGCUAUGUAUUGCUAUUUGGCAAUUCUCCUGUGUCUUGGAAGUCCAAGAAACAAAGCACCAUUUCUAGAAGUUCUUCAGAGGCUGAAUACAGGGCCAUGGCUGCAGCUGCAUCUGAAGUCACUUGGUUGGUUCGUUUACUUGAGGAGUUUGCUAUAUACAUUGCCAAGAAUCCUGUCUUCCAUGAGAGGACUAAACACAUAGAAAUCGACUGCCAUUUCACCAGAGAUAAAGUGCUGGAAGGUCUCUUACAACUCACUUAUUUGCCAACUCACUCUCAAUUAGCCGAUGUUUUCACCAAAGCUCUACCUUCACCUCAGUUACAUGACCUCUUAUCCAAGCUAGGUGUCUCUCCUGCAACUCCUAGCUUGAGGGGGGGUGUUGGACAGUAUGAUGUUGACUUCAUCAAGUCAACACAGCAACAAGAUGCAAGGCAAUCACACCAUCCCAAUGCUGGUUUAGCACACAGCAGAUCACACCCCAUCUUAGCUGCUCAGUUAAUAGCAGCUACUAAACUACAUCAGUGUUCUUCAUUUCAGUGA